GCUCUCAGCUUCAGCCGGCCCCGGGCAUCAUGGGCACAGCCUCGUCACUGGUGAGCCCCGCUGGUGGGGAGGUGAUCGAGGACACGUACGGGGCAGGCGGCGGCGAGGCCUGCGAGAUCCCGGUGGAAGUGAAGCCCAAGGCCCGCCUGCUGCGUAGCUCGUUCCGCAGGGGCGCGGGAGCCGGGCCCGGGUCGCUGCCUCGGGCGGCGGGGGCCGGCGGGCUGCUGGGCGCCAGCUUCAAGUCCACGGGCUCGUCUGUGCCCGAGCUAGAGUAUGCGGCGGCCGAGUUCGAGCGGCUCAAGAAAGAGUACGAGAUCUUCCGGGUCAGCAAGAACCAGGAGUUGCUGUCCAUGGGUCGCCGAGAGGCCAAGCUGGACACGGAGAACAAGCGGCUGCGGGCGGAGCUGCAGGUACUUCAGAAAACUUACCAGAAGAUACUUCGGGAAAAAGAGGGUGCAUUAGAAGCAAAAUACCAAGCCAUGGAGAGAGCAGUCACAUUUGAACACGACAGAGACAGGGUUAAAAGGCAAUUCAAGAUUUUUAGGGAGACCAAAGAAAAUGAAAUUCAGGACUUGCUGAGGGCCAAGCGAGAGCUGGAGAGCAAACUUCAGAGGCUGCAGGCCCAGGGGAUCCAGGUGUUUGACCCUGGGGAGUCUGACUCGGAUGACAACGGCGCCGAUGUCACUGCUGCUGGAACCCAAUGUGAAUACUGGGCCAGCAGAGCCCUGGGCAGUGAGCAUUCCAUAGACAGCAUGAUCCAGCUUCAGCAGCCUUUCAGAGGUCCCGAGUUUGCCCACAGUUCCAUAGAUGUGGAAGGACCCUUCGCAAACAUCAACCGAGAUGACUGGGACGCUGCUGUGGCUGGCUUAUUACAAGCCACCCCCUUGUUCUCACAUUCCCUGUGGAGUCACCCAGUCAGAUGUUACCUCAUCUAUUCAGAGGAAACCCAGCCCGAAAUGGAACUUUUCCUUAAGGACCAUUCACCUAAACUUAAAAGAAUGUGCGAGACAAUGGGAUAUUUCUUCCAUGCUGUUUAUUUUCCAAUAGAUGUUGAAAAUCAGUACCUUACUCUAAGAAAAUGGGAAAUUGAGAAGAGUUCUUUAGUUAUUUUAUUCCUUCACUCAACAUUACCAAGUUUUUUACUGGAAGACUGUGAAGAAGCCUUUCUGCAGAACCCAGAAGGAAAACCACGAUUAAUCUACCACCGUUUGGAGGACGGGAAAGCCACUUCCGACUCUGUCCAGCGGUUACUGGAUCAGGUUUCUAACCUAAGCGAGACCACUAAAGCCAAGAUAAUCGAACACUCCGGAGAUCUCUCAGAGGGAGUGUAUAAGAUUUACAUGGGUGUGGAAAAGAUUAUCAAACAGGACAUCCUUGGCCUCGAGAACACAGACGUGGAGGUGAAGGAUGGGGGCAGUGAGGAUUCCAGUCCAGAAGAAGAUGAUUUUGGGGAUGUUCUGUGGGACGUACACGACGAGCAAGAGCAGAUGGAAGCCUUUCAGCGGGCUUCUAGCUCCGCCCACGAACUGGGAUUUGAGAAGUAUUACCAGCGCCUGGAUGAUCUGGUGGUGGCGCCAGCCCCGAUCCCACCACUCCUGGUUUCUGGAGGACCAGGUUCUGGAAAGUCCCUUCUUCUAUCAAAGUGGAUUCAGCUGCAGCAGAAGCAUUUCCCUAACACUCUGAUCCUGUCUCAUUUUGUGGGGAGGCCAAUGUCAACCAGCUCAGAGUCCUCCUUGAUUAUCAAGCGCCUGACUCUGAAGCUGAUGCAGCACUUCUGGGCAGUUUCUGCACUGACGCUGGAUCCUGCCAAGCUCCUGGAGGAAUUUCCGCACUGGCUGGAGAAGCUCUCUGCUCGGCAUCAGGGCAGCAUCAUCAUCAUCAUCGACUCCAUAGAUCAAGUCCAGCAAGUGGAGAAGCACAUGAAGUGGCUGAUCGAUCCCCUGCCGGUGAAUGUCAGAGUCAUUGUUUCCGUGAACGUGGAGACCUGCCCUACCGCCUGGAGGUUGUGGCCUACUCUGCAUCUCGACCCUUUAAGCCCCAAAGACGCCAUAUCUAUGAUAACGGCAGAAUGCCACUCUGUGGACGUUCAGUUGAACAGAGAACAGGAGAAGAUGCUAGAACAGCACUGCCGUCCAGCCACGACCCGCCACGCCCUCUACGUCACCCUUUUCAGCAAGAUGCUGUCCUGUGCCGGGAGAGCGGGCGACUUAGCUGAAACCCUUCAUCGAUGCCUGCAGUGUCAGGAUACAACGUCGCUGUACAGACUCGUUCUCCACCACGUCCGGGAGUCCAUGCCAAGUGACAAGGAAAAAGAAUGGAUGACACAGAUUCUCUGCCUCAUCAACGUUAGUCACAAUGGCGUGAGUGAGUCCGAGCUGAUGGAACUGUAUCCAGAGAUGUCCUGGGCCUCCUUGACCUCCAUUGUUCACAGUUUACACAAAAUGCACCUGCUGACCUACAGCUGUGGCCUGCUCAGGUUUCAACAUCUACAGGCCUGGGAAACAGUGAGGCAGGCAUACAUGGAGGACCCCGCCCUCGUUUCCUCUUAUAGGCAAAAGCUGAUUGACUAUUUUACCUCACAGCUCAGUCAGGACAGAGUGACCUGGAGAAGCGCGGAUGAGCUCCCGUGGCUGUUCCAGCAGCAGGGAAGCAAACAGAAGCUGCACAGCUGCCUCCUCAAUCUCUUUGUGUCUCAGAGCCUCUACAAAAGAGGACACUUCGCCGAGUUGCUGAGUUACUGGCAGUUUGUUGGCAAAGACAAAAGCGCCAUGGCGACCGAGUACUUUGAGUCACUGAAGCAGUAUGAGAACUGCGAGGGCGAGGAGAACAUGCUGUGCUUAGCCGACCUGUAUGAAACUCUCGGCCGGUUUCUCAAGGAUCUAGGACUUCUCAGCCAGGCCGUGGUGCCUUUGCAGAGGUCCCUAGAAAUUCGGGAGACAGCCUUAGAUCCCGAUCACCCGAGAGUAGCCCAGUCCCUCCACCAGCUGGCCGGUGUGUACGUGCAGUGGAAGAAGUUCAGCGAUGCCGAGCAGCUGUACAAACAGGCCUUGGAGAUCUCAGAGAACGCCUACGGUGCGGACCAUCCACACGCUGCCCGUGAACUUGAGGCGCUCGCGACUUUGUACCACAAACAAAAUAAGUAUGAACAAGCUGAACGUUUUAGGAAAAAGUCGGUUAUAAUCCGUCAGCAAGCGACAAGGCGAAAAGGCAGUCUGUACGGGUUUGCCCUACUACGCAGGCGGGCUCUGCAGUUGGAAGAGCUCACCUUAGGCAAGGACAAGCCCGAGAAUGCCCGCACCCUCAACGAACUGGGUGUCCUCUACUACCUUCAAAACAACCUUGAGACAGCAGAGCAGUUUCUGAAGCGCUCCCUGGAAAUGAGGGAGCGGGUCCUGGGGCCAGAUCAUCCAGACUGCGCGCAGUCCCUGAAUAACCUGGCCGCGCUGUGCAAUGAAAGGAAGCAGUACGCUAGAGCAGAGGAGCUGUAUGAGCGAGCCCUGGACAUCCGGAGGCGAGCGCUGGCUCCUGACCACCCUUCCCUGGCCUACACAGUGAAGCACCUUGCAAUCUUGUAUAAGAAAACGGGAAGAGUUGACAAAGCUGUGCCUCUGUAUGAAUUGGCUGUUGAAAUUCGGCAGAAAUCCUUUGGCCCAAAACACCCCAGUGUAGCCACUGCCUUGGUAAACUUGGCAGUCCUUCAUAGCCAAAUGAAAAAGCACAGCGAAGCCCUGCCGCUCUAUGAAAGAGCAUUAAAGAUUUACGAAGAUAGCUUGGGGCGGAUGCAUCCUAGAGUUGGAGAAACAUUAAAAAACUUAGCUGUGCUCAGCUAUGAAGAAGGGAAUUUUGAAAAGGCUGCUGAACUGUACAAAAGGGCGAUGGAAAUUAAAGAAGCAGAGACAUCACUUUUGGGUGGAAAAGCUCCUUCAAGGCAGUCAUCAAGUGGAGACACGCUUCUCUUUAAAACAACUCAUUCUCCUAACGUUUUCCUUCCCCAAGGACAAAGCUAACUGUUAAUUCUUUGCAAGAAUACUUCCGGCUCAAACAACUAAACAUCUGGAACACUCUAACUCAAAACUUAAUGUUUUUAUAGAAAAAUCAUUUUUGCAACAUCGGCAGUGUUGUUUAACUGGCGUUUGUAUGAUGUAUUGAAUUGUUGUGCCAAGUGUAAAUUGAUUAAAGAACCUGUUUCCUAUGGGAUGAGAUCCAGGAUGAAAACAUCAGCAUUCAAUGGCAGGAGGAGUGGCUUGGUCUCUGAAACAAGAGCUGGCAGGAUCCCAUGGUUUAAGAAUUCCACCGUUCUUUUCCUCCCUCAAGAGCAACCUUAGCCCUGUUGUUCAUUGUCUGUUCCUAGCAGGGCUCUGAGCCAGCUCUCUACCUCAAAGAACUUUCAAGGGCUACAUGUGAGGGUCAGAGGUCAGCCUUGGGUAUCAUUCCUCAGGUGCAGUUCACCUUGACUUUUUUUUUUUUUUUUUUUUUUUUUUUUGAGACAGGGUCUCAGUGACUUGGUGCCCAUUUAACUGGGGUGAAUGGCCAUCUGGCAUCCUAGUGACCUAUUCUGCUUCCACCCAAGACAAGAUUACAAGCUUCCAUUUCUACUCCCAGCUCUCUAAAGUGGGUUCUGGGGAUUGAACUCGGAUCCUUAUGCUUGUAUGGCAGACACUUCACCAGCUGAGCUAUCUCCCUAGCCUCUGUUGUGAAUCUCUGUAGCUCAGGGCAACCAUGGACUCUGGAUCAUUCCUCCUCAGCCUCCUGAGUGCUGGGACCACAGGUACAUACUACGACGGCUGGCUUUGCUUUUGAGCCUUCCUUUUCCCUAAGCUGAUUUAGCCAGCCUCUGCUUUCUGUGCUGUGAUUCUGAUUGGCAUCCAUGCAACCACGGGUGUCAGCUCUUUACCAUCCUGAUCUUUCUGGUUGUGGUACAGGUCUGAGAAUCCAGCUACUCAUGGGCUGAGGCAAGAGGUUCUCAACGUCACUACCAGUUUAAGAGUAUGGGGUGAGUUCAAGGCCAGCCCGGGCACCUUAGUGAGACCUUGUCACAAAAUGAAAAAGUAGAGCUGAGGAUACAGCAUUAGUAUGCAUUGGACCCUGGGUUUAGUUCUCAGCACACGCACGCGUGCUGAGAACAUACACACACACACACACACACACACACAGCCAUGACAAGUCCAUUUCUUUUGUAAAUGGUCGAAAUCAAUCUUGCUUUACCUCAAUUAGAUGUUGUUUUUAUACUGGAAAUUAAAUAUUUUUAUAGACUUUAUAAAUAUUGCCACAUUUUAGAUAUUUUUAUUUGUAUAUUUAUAGUAAAACUUUCAAAGAUUUUAAACAAGAUCUCAAUAUGUAUUACUGUUAAGAUGACAGGCAUAAAAAUUGUAUUUGUUUUAAAAUAAAAGUGCAAUUUGAAAGUU